GAGGCAGAGGACAGAGAGUUAAAGGAGAAAAAAGAGGUAGGAGAGAGAGAAGGGAAGAAAGAUAAAGGAGGGUUGGAGGUAUUUGAUUGAAGGAGGUGAGAAAGAGGGAGCUUGGAGGUAAAGAGGAGACCUCAGAAGGAGACAGAACCAAGAGUGGGAAAUGUGGAGGGGAAACAGCCCAGGGGGUAACCUUGGAGCAGCCACAGAGGGAACCAGUGGAGAACUGGGGGGACAGGGGAACUGGGGUCUGGAAGAUGCCCCAGGCCUCCUGGCCAGGGCCUCCCUGCCCAUCAUGCCUGCGUGGCCAUUGCCCCUGGCCUCCUCAGCCUUAACCCUGCUCCUUGGAGCCCUCACUUCCCUUUUCCUCUGGUACUGUUACCGUCUGGGCUCCCAAGACAUGCAGGCCCUGGGGUCUGGGAGUCGGGCUGGGGGUGUCAGUGGAGGAGGAUGCUCUGAGACUGGCAGGCCAAGCCCAGGGAGUUCUGGGGAGCCUGGGGAAGGAUCCAGGACAGAAGGCCUAGUGAGCCGUCGCCUGCGGGCCUAUGCCAGGCGCUACUCUUGGGCCGGGAUGGGUAGGGUAAGGAGGGCAGCUCUAGGUGGCCCAGGCCCUGGGGGAGGGCCAGGGGUCCUGGGCAUUCAGCGUCCAGGCCUGCUUUUCCUGCCAGACCUGCCUUCAGUCCCCUUCGUGCCACGGGAUGCCCAGCGGCAUGAUGUGGAGCUCCUGGAGAGCAGCUUCCCUGCCAUUUUGCGGGACUUUGGGGCUGUGAGCUGGGACUUCUCAGGGACAACUCCUCUGCCUCGGGGCUGGUCCCCACCCCUGGCCCCUGGGUGCUACCAGCUCCUGCUGUACCAAGCAGGCCGGUGCCAACCCAGCAACUGCCGCCGGUGCCCAGGGGCCUAUCGGGCACUGAGGGGGCUGCGGAGCUUUAUGAGUGCCAACACCUUCGGCAAUGCUGGCUUUUCUGUCCUCCUGCCUGGGGCUCGGCUUGAGGGUCGCUGUGGGCCCACCAAUGCCCGGGUCAGAUGCCAUCUGGGUCUGAAGAUUCCUCCUGGCUGUGAGCUGGUGGUUGGGGGUGAGCCCCAGUGCUGGGCUGAGGGACACUGUCUACUGGUGGAUGACUCGUUCCUGCACACAGUGGCUCAUAAUGGUUCCCCAGAAGAUGGGCCUCGAGUGGUCUUCAUCGUGGACUUGUGGCACCCCAAUGUGGCUGGGGCUGAGCGCCAGGCCCUUGACUUUGUCUUCGCACCAGACCCUUGAAGGAAAGGGUUCCUUUCAGACAUCUGGGCUGGAGAGAGGCUGCACUCAGGGAUGGCUUGAGUGGUAGCCAGGACCUCUUCUCCACUACAGGGGGUUGGGCGGGGCUGAGGGUGGGAAUGGACCAGCCAACACUGAAAUACAGAUUUUAAACCCUCUCCUAACUCCUGACUACCUUUUUCUAGCUACCAGCCCAGCUCAAGGCUUUGGGCAGGAGCUCCUGUCCUCUCCCAUCCAACUAGCCAAGUACCUCCUCAACACAAGCCAUCUCCCCGAUCCAACCCCUGCCCGGAGCCAGCACCAGACCCUCAACUCAACUUUAUUCCAAUAAUUUAAUAGAAAAUUAAAAUAAAUAAUAUGAAACAGA